UCUCUCUCUCUCUCUAGAGGAAUGCUCUCCGAUCUUACUUCAAUUUCCAUCACAUAAGUCCAAACAAUCCCUUUUGUUUUUUUUAAACCCAAUUCCGAACCACAAGGCUUGCUCUGCCUCUCCCCUGUUUCUCCCACGUUCUAAAAUUUCCAUCGGCUAACCAAACUGCCUAAUUUUGUGGAUAAGGAGUAAACAAAGGGGAAAAAAAGGAAAUAGAACAAAUGUCUUCAAGCGUGUGCCAGGGGCUGCAGUCGUGCCUCGAGCCGAGGCGCGUCGAGCCACGCGUUCUCAGGCUCAAGCUCUCCCUGCGCAGACCCUUUGUUGAUUCCGACGGAGUGGCCAAGAUGAAGACCGUGGCGGCCCAGCUGGGCGCCGACCCUGCGGACUGGAGCUUCCUCCAGGCUUUCGCCCCCAGGGAGGAGAAGAGCGAGGGCGAGCAUGGCGCCGUCUACGUCCACCCGCUCCUGAAGUGCUCCGCCUCGUUCCUCAGCGACCGGAGCCUCGAGAUGUGCACCGAGUCACUAGGAAGCGAGACUGGCAGCGACGUGGGCGACAGUGAGGCCCCGCUCCUCUCACCCGGAGGAGGCAGAGGCGGAGGCGCCGACCGCCGCCCGGCGAUUCGGCCAGAGAGGAAGAAGCUGAGCCGGAGCGGCUCGUUCCCGCCGCCGCUGACGUCGGUGGGCGGCUCCACGGGGUUCCAGGUGCGGUCCCGCCGGGAGGGGGGGAGGCUGGUGGUGGAGGCGGUGGCGGUGUCGUCCGGCUGCAGCGUCUUCCAUGUGGAGCGGAGCCACGGCCGUCUCAGGGUUCGCUUCUCGGAGGGGAGCAAAGCUGAAGGGGAAGAGGAAGAGGAGGAAGACAAGGAGGUGGAGGCAGAGAGCAAGGAGCUAGAAGAAGAAGAAGAAGAAGAAGACGAGGAGGAGGAGGAGAAUGUGAGGAUGGAAGGAGAAGACAUUGAUCAUGAAGAGUUUGACGAGGAAGAAGGAGAGGGCAUGGAGGGAAAUAGAGGGUUUGUGGGGGGCGAAAUCGGAAACGGACAGUGCUCGAGGCCAAGCAUGGUGUGGUGCAAUGAAGGUGUAGCCAUAAAUUGGAAGCCCAAGCCAUGUUGGGUGGCUACUUAAAACACCAAUCACUAUCUUAACUAAACUCAUAUACUCUCUCUCUCUCUCUCUCUCUCUCUCUUCUCUCUGAACUGAUCAUUGAUGUUGGGUGAAGGAAGCAGCAUGGGAGUUGACAUACUCUUGUUAAUUUAAUGUGAGAUCCGGCCGGGGUUGUUAUUGGCUACGACGAUUUAUUCAUGAUUAGGGAUGUACUCGUGAACCGGCUCGGCGGGGCGAUAUGCCUCGUCUUCAAUAAAUAGCAUUAAUUAUGUUCCC